CGUCAGAAUUUUUCGAAAGAAGAUUAUGUUAAACAAUUUUCUGUUAUAUUUUUGAUGGCAUUAUAACAACAUUUUGGAAGUACUUUCAGUAUGUCUUGCAGUAUUUGUCAAACGAAAUUCUCCUUCUUCACAAGAGAAGUUGCCUGUCCAGGCUGUGGCUUUUCAUGCUGCAGUAAAUGCCUCAAAUAUAAAUGUAAUAUUCCAGAUAAAGGGGUAAAAAAAGUCUGUGGACGUUGUUUUAAUAAGCAUAAUUUUACAAACAAGCCAGCUUGUAAUAACAAUAUUGAAAUGGAUGAACACGAAGAACCAAUGGCUCCAGUAGAUAUUAAAAAAAAACUGGAUUCAUUGGAGAACCCAGGAAAGCCUCCCAUUGUAAUGUAUAAACAUACAAAUCAUUGGGAUAAGUUUAAAAAUGGCUUAGAACCAGCCGAUCAGGAGAUCGUGGAAAGAUUACGAAAAUUAAAGGAAGAAGACAAAACUACAGCUUUGAGUGUAGAUGAAAUAAAAAGGAGAUUGGCAUUGCUAAAGGAUGAAGAUCCAGAUGCUAAUCAGUGUAAAUCAAAUAUACAUCAAGUGGAUACCAGAACAGAUCAACAGAAAACAGAUGAUUUGAUACAGGAAUACCUACAACAACUAGAAUUAUCCUCAGGCAGCGAUUCAGUUGGUGAAAUUCAAGCAAGACUAAGAUCUCUGCAAGACAUUAAUGAUAAACCCAGAAAGUAUUCGGCUAAUGAUGUUGAUGAUGAUGAAAAACAUGUUACAAAGAAAUUAAUUGCUAAAGCUUUAGCAGAAGCAGAAUUGGAGAAAAAAUAUGAAGAAGAUGUAGAUGAAUUGGAAGAAAUGGAAGUUGAGGACGUAAAGCAUACCGAUGAUGAAGACGAGAAACCUAGUUGCGUAAUGUGCGACCAAACUGAAAAUUUAGAACGAUGUUUAGGUUGUCACGGUGAUCUUUAUUGCACUGUUUGUUUCGAUGAUAAUCAUGACGAUUUUGAAAUGAAAAAGCACAAAAGAGAACCAGCAACAAAUCUUGGUCAUUAUUAACUGCAAUGAAUAGAAAUUUUA